AUCUCUCCUCCUCCGCUGCACUCUCAUCGCCACCCAAUCCCAACCCACUCCGCAACCUUGUUUUACAUGACGUGGCGCAAAGUGGUUGGUUGUUGGAAGUUGGGGGAGAAGCAGGCGAUGACAGGGAAGCAGAUCCCCAGAGUUAGAGGGCCUUUACGGACAAAUUAACAAAUGUUGUCCACUGUUCACUGAUAAGAUUCGACCUCCAAAUCUCACUUUUAUUUUAUUUUAUCUUUUGAAAAAUUAUCGGUUUUGAAUUUUAAUUUUAUCUGUCCAUCCGACCGACCGGAAAGGAAACUAAAAGAAAACCGAAAGGAGGGGAUGGGCUUUAACCCAAAAACCCACCCACACCAACACCUCUAGAGUGAUCGCGCUAGGGUUUCUGUUUCUCUGUUCUUCUUCCUUCCCAUGGUCAAGUUUACUGGUUUUACACGGUUGUUUCUCGAUUGAUCUAUUGUUAUUGUUCAAGUGCAGGUGUGGGCGCAUACUUGGUGGUGGAUUGGAGGAGAAUUUGUGAGGACGGGAUUGUGGAAACGGUGCCACUGGGAAAGCUCAGAUGCCGGAGGAGGACUUAGUUGAGCUGAAGUUUCGGCUUUAUGAUGGAUCGGAUAUUGGGCCAUUCCGAUACUCCCCUACCUCUACGGUUGCCAUGCUCAAGGAGAGAAUUGUUACCGAGUGGCCAAAAGAAAAAAAAAUUGCACCUAAAGCAGCAAAUGAUGUCAAACUGAUAAGUGCGGGUAAAAUUUUGGAAAACAACAAGACAGUUGGCCAGUGUAGGGUACCAUUUGGUGAGCUUCCGAGAGGGGUUAUCACCAUGCAUGUUGUUGUGCAGCCAUCUUUAGCGAAAGCAAAAACAGAAAAGAAGGUCGAUGAGGCCCCAAAGAAAAAUGUUUGUUCAUGUUCCAUAUUGUAAGAGAGUUAAAAUUUGAUUCAGAUUUCAGCUCUGUGGGGUUCCUGGGAACUCCUGGGCCAUGGAACUCAAAUAGCUGGAAAGACAAUAAUCUGUAAAACUGUGCCAUCCCUCAUUGUUACAUGUUUGUUGGAGGGCAUUCCUGUGUAACAGUGCAUGUUGGUGAUGAUGUAUUUGCAUUUUAUAAAAUUGGUGUUUGAUGUAUUUCUGUAGGUGUAGUUUGUCCUUUACUUCCAAAGCUUUUGUGGGAUUGAAACCUCUACGAUAAGUUUCUAUCAGCAUGAUCCCACAGUAAUAUUCUAUGAUAGGACAUAGAAGUAUAUUGUAGCAUGGGGAUAUGCCGUAAAGCAUUCUGAACCCAUUCUUUGUAUGGCUUGAUUAAAUUGUAUUCGUGUGUAUCCUAUAGUUGUGAUGAAGGCUAGUCUUGACUGGAAUUGCCACCCUUUUCUGGGAUAUUCAAUGAAAGUUCAAUUUCAUCCUGG